AUGCUUGAAGCUGAGGCACUGAAACUUGAAAAUCAAGCACGUUUCAUUUUGGAGAAAAAUGACCAAAAAAUCAUCAUGGAAAAUAUUAAGAGAAAAGAAUUUCUCAAGAUAUUGAUUGAACGAAAAUAUGAUUCGGAUCCUGUGAAAGCAUGGCGUAAGGAAUUUAAUAUCGAUCAAAAUGAACCCGACACCACGUCAAAUAAUGAAAAUGAAGACAUUGAAAAUGAUGAUAAAAUGCCUGAAACGGAAGAGGAGAAAAAACAUGAUUUUGACUAUCUUAUCGAUAUGACAAUGCGAACAAUGUUAAGAGAAAAUGUUCAAGAAUUAUUGAAAAAACGUGAUGCCAAAAAAUCUGAAUUAGAAGAACUUAAACGUUCCACGCCAGAAAUGCUUUGGGAGAAAGAUUUGGAUGCAUUUCUUGAAGAACUUGAACGUGUGGAAAAAAAUGAACGUGAAAAUGCGCUGAAAGGUAUUCGUCCAAAAAAAUCGGCUAAAAUUACGGCAAAAGGUUUGAAAAUUUCAAAUUUGGCUGAUAUCUAUAAACCAAGUGAACUGGCUGAUCGAAUUGAACCGAAAAUAGAUUUUGAAAAAUAUCAACCGAAAAAAGAACGGCCAUCACGUCGUGUUCGUAAAGUGACAAAUUAUAAACAAAUUUUCGAUGACAAUGAUGAAUCGGAUGAUGACUUUCAUGAUAAUGACGAUAAUGAUGAUGAUGAUGAUACAGUUGAGUCAGAUGAUUUAUAUGAAAUUGAUGAUUGA